GUCCAAGCUCGCCAUCUCAUCUAUAUAAACCCCAGGCCUCACCCUAUUGCACUCGCUCAGUUUUCAAAUUUCCCCUAUAGCUAGUGCUCCAAAAAGAAAAGCUGCCUUCUUCAUUUUUCAAAUUUCUCAGAACCAAAACCCAUGGCUUCUCUUAAGCUCGUAUGCGCUCUUGUGUUGUGCAUGUUGGUGGUUGAACCCAUGGCCACUUCUGCCAUAUCAUGUGCAAAUGUGGCAGGCAUGUUGAGUUCAUGCAUAAAUUACCUGCGGAACGGAGGAUCCCUGCCAUCAAAUUGCUGCGCCGGACUUAAGAGCCUCAACACCCAGGCUCGUAACAAGGGUAUUCGCCAAGCGGUUUGCAGGUGCUUGCAGAAUGCUGCUAAGACCAUCACCGGCCUCAAAACUAACUUGGUUGAGGGCCUUCCACGCAGAUGCGGAGUCAAAAUCCCUUACAAGAUCAGCACCUCCACUAACUGCAACAGGGUGAAGUGAGAUGGGUGAAGCAGCGAGGGAUUUUCAGCAGCUUGCAGGAAAAAAAUAAAGAUUUUGGGCUGCACCCAAAAUCCAAAUCGGUCUCCACUUCGGCCGAGGCUCGUUAGUUUGUUUGUCUUUUUGUGUUUUUAUGUUAUCUCGUAUGAUCUCCUCUAUGUAUCGGCUGUUCCAUGUUGUGAGUUAAAGUUUAUGAUAGUUACAAUAUCAGAGUUUGAUUCUAUA